AUGGCAGAGCACCAACUUCUUCCCGGUCAGUCAGGCCUCCCCGUGCCUAAUUCGACAAAGUCACACUGGCAUAAGGAGCCUUCUGAGAAGCUCUUUGGUCACCGCACAACGCCCGAACUGCCUCAUUCUUGUGAUUGCAUCAUUGUGGGCUCCGGUAUAACUGCGGCUAUAGCCGCGCAUACUCUCAAGGAGAGGAGGCCGGACUUGAACAUAAUAAUGCUCGAGGCCAGAGAGGCAUGCUGGGGUGCUACUGGACGGAAUGGAGGUCACUGCCAGCCCGCAAUGUACGCUGCCAAACCACACAUUGCCUCUUUUGAGUUGCGAACAUACUCGUACCUAAAAUCGCUUGUCGAAGAAUACUCUAUUCCUUGCGAUUGGCAUUCCACAUCGGGUGUACAUGCCUUCUUCUCAAAGCCCCUCUUUCAACUGGCGCAAGAGGUCAUACAAAGUCUGGCAGAGAGAUACCCGGACCUUGCCGCCAAUGUUGCCGUCGUGACAAAGGGCGAGCAGGGUGCUCCAUCGUACCUGAUCGAGGGCGAGAGAAAGGAAAUGACCCUCGAGGGUCUGCGGAUUCCCACAGCUGAAGGUGCCGUGGUGCAGUGGAACGCUGCCAGCCUGUGGCCGUAUAAGCUUGUGGCCUUUAUACUGGAACGCCUCCUUGCCGCGGGCAACUUCAACUUGCAGACCAAUACGCCCGUGACGGGUCUGCAGAAGGUCGAAGCCCCUUCCAACUUGGCAUCACCCACCAGCCCGAGCAGCGAGAAGAAGGGUAUUGACCACCCAACCUGGAUUGUACAUACCCCCCGUGGCCACAUUACGGCCCGCGCCGUGCUUUUGGCGACAAAUGCGUACACAUCGCAUCUCCUUCCCGAGUUCAGCGAUCUGAUUGUGCCCACUCGUGGACAAGUGGCGGCUCUGAAACCUCCUGUGGAGCCGGCACCGGGUGAGCCUCCUCUGGAUAUUGGCCACACGUUUUACAUCCUUGGCGAGGAGGGCACUGAAGAUGUCCACCGUGAGGAUUACCUAGUCCAGCGUCCGCCUCCCAACGCAGAGCUCGUGCUCGGUGGCGGUCGCCAGCUCGCCAAGGGAUACGCAGUGGGCGUUUGGGAUGACAGCACCAUGGACGAGCCGGUCAAGUGGUGGCUACGGGGAGAACUCACAAAGGCUCUGGAUCUCAGCCUUCGCGACGCUCCUCAGAGUCCCGUCAAGCACGACCACCCGUCUUCGGCCGCCAACAAGCAGGACCUUGAACCCACGCACGAAUGGACUGGCAUCAUGGGUUAUUCUCGGGACGCCCAUCCGUGGGUCGGACCCGUUCCCGCUUCGCUGGGCGGUGGAAGUGGUCUCUGGCUCAGUGCUGGCUACACCGGCCACGGCAUGCCCAACGCGGCACUCUGUGGCAAGGCUGUCGCCGAGCUAAUGACGGGCGCGGACGAGGUCGACCUCCCCGAAGAGUACGAACUCAGCGAGGAGCGGGUUGAGCGGGCGCGGAUGCGGGCCACGGUGAAGGAAGCUGAGGAGAAGGGAGCCUUGGUCUUUGACCUUGGAGCUGUCAAGGUCUGA